AUGGAUUCUUUGGCGAAAGAACCUGAUAAAUAUGAUUUUUCCCGUAAAAUUGACUGUGAUAAAGCAUUUUGCAACGUUCCGCAAUCCGCAUUUAAUAGUGCCAAUAUUGUACAAAAGUUAUUUAACAGAGAGGUACUAGGUUCAACAUCAAGGAAAAUAAAUGACAGGGGUCGCAAGAUCUUCGAGCGAAUCCCGGCGCGGCAGAGGUUCUGCCUCAAGGACAUUGUGCCCCGAUCCUACCUAAGGGGUCAUGUGUUCAUGGGCUUGUCUCAAUGUGGGCAAUUCCUUCUCAGUUUCACAUACAGCUUCACCCCUUUGGCACUAUUUAGAGAGAGCUCUAAAUACACUUUCCACUUCCUAUCAUACGUGCCCGGGCGUAAAGUGCGCAAGGUACACAGUGUUCCCUUGUUUGGUGACGAGCCAGUCGAGUCCAAACUCAGUAUAUCCAUUGAGCAAUGGAAACACAACCCAGGCGUGCUUGUUGUGUACGGGAUUGCUGAUUCAUGUUCAGAAAGGUCAUGUCUCAGCGUCAUUGGUGUACCAAGACUGGGAUGUAAGAAAUGCGCUGCUUAUUCCAGAAGUGAAGAGGAACUUACAAUGGGCCAAAGGUGUUUGGAACACAAUUUCGCAAUACACACUAAGUUCUUCUGCACGUCAGACUCUAGUAUGUACGAACCCGUUGUCCAACUAGCAUACUCCAACCAAAUCAUCAUAUAUACGGAUUUCAUUCACAUCCUUGAAAUAGAUUUCGUAAAGCCUGAUCAAGAUAGAAACGAAGCGAAUGAAGAUAAUAAAUCUACCUUAGAUAGGGAGGAAAUAAAUUCAAUAGACAUGAACCCAAGUACACCCGCGUCAGACGUUUCGGCCGCUUUCCAGUCCCCAAAGUAUCAAAACAACGUUGUCCAAAACAUUCUUGCUGAUUUUUCUGACUUGGAAUAUGAGCCGUACCAGAUGUCGAGGCCUGUGAAAUUGCCUGAUGUUAUGGGACAAGAGUUAUGCAUUCAGGCUUCGUCAAUAUCACACAACUUGGUCGAGGAGUGGGAGGGACCAUCACCAUCCAUAAGGACCUUGAUAAGUCCACCACUAAGGUCACCAAGACGACGACCUGCCGAAAGCAUGUCUCGGUUCAACGAGGCGCACAGAAUAAACGCUGAGAAGGCUUACGAAUUUGUCGAAGAGACUGAAACGAAAUGUGAGAAGUUGAGUAUGUUUAGGAAACGACGUUUAGCUGAUAAAAAGUACGAAUUUUCUGAAGACAACAACGAGAAUAUAGUCCCUUUUAGAGUUUUAAGGAGUAAUAGGAAAUAUUUUAUCGGGUCAACGAGCAAGAAUCAGUCGCGGCGAGCGAAAUCCCCUCCAGUGGAAAGUGUGGUUUUGAGGACUCAUAACCAGAUAAGCAGGCCUCCUUCUCCAACUACAAGUUCAGAUUUGAAGAUCUCGAGUAGUUCUUUAGAGUGUGACGACAAAAGCGAAUCGGAGUAUAGGGUGACGGAAAUGCUGGACGACGGUUCUCUUAAAACUGUGUCAGUUCACGAUUCUACCUCAAAGACAUUGUCGGAUUGCCCUGUCAGUCCUCAAGACCCUUACUUGGUGCAUUCAGGGAAUUCGAAAUGCAGUAAAUUUUUCUCAAGAUACUUCGUCGAGAGUGACGAUGAGAUAACAUCUAUCAUCACGGAUUCGGAAGAUGACUGUAUAUCAGGAUACCAUGUGGCAUUGCAUCUCACAGCUCACGGUUCAGGCUACACUCCAUUACAAGCCGUAGGUGCUGGUGCUUGGGAAAGAAUUUGCUCAAAUCUCGGCUCGCCUCCUCCGUUGACAUUGAGGGCACAACAGAGGUCGCUGGAUACAGAGCUGUUAUGCAACGAAGUAUGCGGAAGACUGUGCAAGAUCAAUGGAAAGAAGUUUAUCUAUUGUUUUGAUUGGGGAUGUCAUGUCAUUGACGUUUGCCAGUCCAGCGGAUGCUUGUCAGGGCUGUGCGCAAUGUGGCUGUGGGGCAGCGACGACACCGGUGAAGUGGCGGAGUGCGACGCCUGCAAGGACGUCAGCGCCGGCUGCUUGCCGCACCGCAGGCAGUACGCCGCCGAGUGUCUGUUUGUAUGGGACCUAGUCAGUGGAGUGUACAGGACAGAGAGGGUAGCCAUGACGGAGGAUGACAGCCAGGAGGGAUCCAGGAUGUCUGGUGCCGACCGAGCGAGGGAAUUGGCGAAGAAGCUAGGGCCGAUCAAUAUGCCUCCUGGCAACGAGAACAGGUUGCUUACAACCGUCACAGGUCGGUCACUCCGCAAGUUAACAGACUUAGAAAACUGCAUUGAGAUCACAAAAAACCAUUCCGACAGCUCCGAAUCCGAAUCAGAAGCCGAAGAAGACAGCGAUUCUGACUGAUUCCUUACGAUCACUGUGAGUGAGUUUACCAUUUCUUUGCGAGGUAUUUGUGUUUACAUUGACUCAUAACUCAUGCGGAUGCGUUGUAACAGAGUAUAGGUUUUGCUGUAAGAAGAGGUUAGGCUAUAAGAUAGUGGUUUAUCUUUAAAUGAACAGGAACUUGUUGUGCUGUGUUUACAAUGCGUUUAAUUACCAAGCACAUAUUGUAAAAGUA